AUGUCCAGAUUUUCCAGACUCAAACUCUCGGCGCGACUAUGCAAUUUUGGCCGGAGUCCGAUGCGACCCAAAAAGUCUGGAAAUGAGUCUGGACCUCGGCCCGAGGAGAGGGGAUUUAGAGAGAAAAAGCCACAAAAGUUUGGACAGCCACCUUCGGCAUGGAAGAGGUCGACCGGCUCCACCAAAUCCUCCUCCUCUGCCGGAUCCAAGAGCAAGCAGAGCAAGAACCUCAGUGCCAACAAUGCCGACGACAACCGUUCGAGCAGCAAGCGCUCUGGAACAGAAUCAGGCAGUAUGAUGAGUGGAGAUGAUCCGUCGCAGUCCGUGGUCCAGACUCAAGCGGGAUCCAACGCCGGAUCUGCCACACCUUCCAAUAGAAGUGGGAGCAAAGCAGGUUCCAUGGCAGGAUCCACUAAAAUGAGUGGCUCUAUGGCAAAUGCAUCACAGGCCUCAAAGAAAUCGGGUUCGAAUAAGUCUCAAAUGAGUGGAUCUGCAGCUGGAACUGGGUCAGCAGCUGGGUCGGCAGCUGGGGGUUCUGCUGCUGCUGGAUCUGCAGCCGGGUCUGCAGCAGGUACUGGAAGCGCUGCUGGUUCCGCUGCAGGCAGUGGAAGCGCUGCUGGCUCUGCCGCAGGUGGAUCAGCCGCAGGUUCAGCAGCUGGUACUGGAUCCAGAGUUGCAGGUUCUGCAGCACCAUCGGGAUCGCAAGCUUCCGAGAUGUCUGGAGAAGUUACCAAAGUAUCAGGGGCUAAGCCUUCGGGUACCGCAAGUGACUUGUCUGGUAGUAAACAGGCAGGAUCUGGUGCGGCUGGAGCUUCUGGUCAAGGUUCGAUGGUUGGAUCGACCAAUGCUGGGAACUGGACCGGUCCAGAAGCUGCUGGGUCCAAGGCUGGAUCUCAAGCUGGUUCCAAAGCAAGUGGAGCUGGAAGUGCUGCAGGAUCUGGAGCGGGAUCAAAAACUGGUUCCGAGGCAGGAGGAUCUGUUAGUUUGGGGGGUGCUGGAUCAAAUGCUUCGUCAGUUUUUAAUUUUGGGUUUUUCGAGGGCGCAUCUGAGGGAGGCAGCGCAGCUGGUGGCAGUGCAGCUGGUGGCAGUGCAGCUGGUAGUGCAGCGGGAGGAAAACCGUCAGGCGCCAGUACUGGAAGACCCUCGGGAGCAGCUGGAAGCACUGCACGUCCCAGUGGAAUGUCCGGAUCUGCCGCCGGAGGCUCGGAAGCCCCAGGAUCGACGGCUGCGGGAAGUACAGCCAAACCUAGUGGAAUGUCGGGUUCGGCAGCUGGAGGGUCAGAAGCUGACGGAUCGGCACUCGGUGGAUCUCAGGCCAAGCCCAGCGGAGUUUCAGGCUCAGCAGCAGGCGGCUCGGAAGCGCCAGGUUCCGCAGCAGCUGGAAGUACAGCGCGACCAAGUGGAAUGUCUGGAUCUGCCGCCGGAGGCUCAGAAGCACCUGGAUCGGCAGCAGCCGGAAGCACUGCUCGACCGAGCGGUGCGUCUGGUACUGCUGCUGGGAGUACUGCAAGACCCAGCGGGAUGUCAGGUUCCGCUGCUGGAGGCUCACAAGCACCUGGUUCUGCAGCUGCUGGAAGCGCUGCGCGGCCAAGUGGUACUGGAAGUACUGCAAGACCGAGUGGAAUGUCCGGAUCAGCAGCCGGAGGAUCAGCUGCCGCGGGGUCUGCCGCCGCAGGAAGUCAGGCAAGACCUAGUGGAGCAACAGCAUCUGUUGUCGGAACUGCCCGACCUAGUGGUGCUUCGGGAGGAAUGUCUGGCGCUAGUGGAUCCGAAUCAGACAGCGCUCUCGCCGGAAAUGCAAGCAGGCCUAGCGGAGCUGGUACCCGGCCAAGUGGCGCCCCAUUUAGCGGAAAACGGAGUCGACCCAGUGGUGCUACUCGGCCUAGUGACACUUCGGCGACGGAUGAAGACAGCAUGGCCCGACCAACUGGUGCCGGUAGCACUAUGAGACCGAGUGGGACGGCAGCCGGAAGUAGCCAGAGACCAAGUCAGGGAAUGUCUGGUGGCAGUAGCACCCGGCCUUCCGGGAUGACUGGUGGAAGCACUACGAGGCCCAGUGGGAUGUCGGAUGGCGAGGAAGGGGAAGCUGAUUACGAUGAUGGGAUGGGCGGUGGAAUGGGAGACUCAAGUUCAACUUCAUCCUCAUAUAAAGGCGGUAACAUCCACAAGAAAGACAACAAUGCCAACGCAGAGAAGGAGGGUAAGGGCAAGGGCAAAGGGGGUGGAGUGGGCUGGGGACAACCGCUGAUGUUCAAGGACCCCGAGCCAUUCGAAGCCUGGCUCCAGUUCAAAAACGUCAACUGCGGACCGAGAUAUAAAAGGGGUGACUUGAACUCAGCUCAAGACUAUAUCAACAACUGCAACGUUCCGGGAGGACCUGGAAAUCAGAACAGAGUCGGCUACGCUGAAACAAGAUACAUGUGA